AUGGUGUAUGCCCCUAAAUUGUCCCUAGUCGUUGAAAGAAUCGUCAUUAACACGUCGAUAUGCAACUCUAGAGGUGAUGAUGUGAAGGGAGCUGUAGCUGAAGCAUUUCAGAUAGUCAAGACACUGUGGCAUCCGAAUGUCUGCUGCUAUACGGAUAUGCUUCGUAUUGACCAAGGGGUCUAUGUCAUGAUCUCCGAGGGAUACUCAGUCACCUUAGAAGAUAUUAUUCAGCAACAACAAUUCAAUAUUGGUAUCGAGGGUGAAGGAAAGACACUAGAAGUCGAUCUCUACAGUGUUGUGCAUCAAAUGAUUUCCGGGUUACAGUAUCUCCAUGCACAUGGAAUACAACACGGGGCACUUGGACCACACAACAUAUUCAUUCACUCUGACGGAUCGGUGAAAAUAGGAUGCUAUGCUGAAAGGCAUUUCAAUAGGGUAGCUUCAUUGGCUCAUCAAAAAUCGGAAUGCACGGAAAACCAUGAGGGUAUUGGCUCCCAAGAUGUUAACGCGAACAACGGUGGCCACACUCCUAGCACACAGAGCCAAUACGGUAUAUAUAGGAAGUUAUAUUCCUCCCCUGAAUAUAUGAGUGGGAGCAUAGGGCCAACUACGUGGAUUGAAGCUGUCAAAAAUGACACGUGGGCCCUGGGCAUAACAUGCUUACAGAUAAUUGCAGCCAUUAUUUCCCAAAGUUAUGACACCAUAACACCAAUAGACGUAGAAGAAGAUCAUCAAAGAUUGCGUUCAUUGAACUUAUACGAGGAAAUCUUGAGGUUGGCACGUUGUCCCAACAACGUAUCUGUUUUAGAAGACGCUAUUACUCUGGCAAGUGCGUUGAUUAAUUUGGCGAAAGACAGCCUAGAUGGGCAGGGUGAUUUGACGAUUGUAGGCUUAGAUAUCAUUGGUAUAUGCUUGGACGUUCUAUACGCUAAGGAGUUGGAUCAGACUCCGCAUGUCACGGAAGAUUUGCUAACUCAACUGGUGGAUAGAUUGUUAAUCGAAGGUAAUAUUUCGAAUCUUCAUUUUACCUGCGAUAAUGAAAGAAGUUGUAAUUUCGUCGACAAAGUUGAUUCCCAGCAACCGUACGCAUCGCAAACCGAUGAACAUGGGACUGGCAACAUACACAGCGAAUCUUCAUGUGAAAACCAUGCUAUAAGAAAGAGAGCCGUUGUUAUAGCUCUUCAAAAGGUCAUCAGUUGGUCGACAGGAAAGUCAAUAAUAGAAGAUAUGCUCCCAUUUGUUGGAGUCGACCUCGCAAAAGGGUUUUGUGACCAAAAUAGGGACAACAAUCCACAAGUGCAAGCUGUAUACGCUAUUUUCAACAUCGCAUGCCAAUGUCUCGUUGUAAACCCGAAUUAUCGGAGAAGCAGCAUGGACAUUUUGCCAAUCGUACAACGAACGAAGGCACAUGAUGGCAAACCCAUCGGCACUUAUAGAUCUACAUUCACUUGGAAUGUAUUAUCUGCUAAGAAAACUGCAGUGGAUUCUAACCUCGGAUUGCGUAUGCCUUUUUCGGAAUUUUUAAAUCGCAAUUAUAGGAAAAGGUAUAUUAACGUUAAAGAAUUUGAUACUCUACCACUUCACGUCGAUGAUGUCUUCUACUUCUGGAGGUUGAUGGGCAAUGACCCACUCGACGUUCUGUGCGAUGUAGACUAUGCGUCAUAUAACAACUAUCCUGGUUAUACCAGGCAGGUCGUGAUGUUGUCUGAGCUCCUGAAAUUGGCUAGGAAAGCGGAUAUUUUCCCUAUGAUCAUAGAACACCAAAUCAGACCAACUUGCGCUUAUGCACGGCAGUUUGCAUUUCUGUAUCAAUGGAUACGUCUAAGGAGGUUUGAAAAGCUGCUGUGCAAUGGAUACGAGAGCAAGCUACAGGUAUCCAUAGAGGUACAACUUGACGUACCCCCGAUGCUUCGAAAAUAUAUAUGGUGUAUGAUUUUGGGAGUGGAUCUACCUUUCAGGCCACGCAUGUCCGAUGUUGAAUAUGACCACGAAAUCCCCAAAAACGUGAAGGUAGAGAUUCAAAAGGUUUUCAAAAGAUGUGACAACGAUUUGUUGUACUCCCAGAGAUCUUUAAAAAUGAUGGCAAAAGCAGGGGACGCCAUACAACAGGCUUAUGGUAUAGAAUCGGUACCUAGCUCUCUCUAUGUUACUUGUGUCCCACUCCUGCUCCUAUACUACGAGUUCAGCGAGAUUUUUUUGGACGUGGUCAUGAAGAUAUUUGGCAAGUAUCUCAAGAAUUAUUACGUAACCUCAGGAUCGUUCGUACAGAAUGAUCUGGAUGAAUUUAACACUAUGCUCAAAUUCUUCGAUCCCGAGGUCUCAGUGCAUCUGCACCGUAUAGGAGCUUUCGCGGACUCUUUCGCCCUUGUCUGGUUCAUGAGCCUAUUUGCAGAGAACACGUCCUGCCACCAACUCAAAGUGUUGUGGGAUACCAUGCUCAACUUUCCACGUAACUACAUAAAAUAUCUUGCCGUAGGAAUAAUACACAGUGCGAGAUCUGGGAUACUCGAAACCAAUAACGCGCCAAACGCCAUAUCAUAUGUAUCAAGCCUCAUGGAUGCUAUCAACAUUCCCAUGCUCAACUCUGUAUGUGUACAUAUGUAUAACACAUGGGAUUCGUUAUUGUUCCCAAAGGAAGUGGGUAGAACCAAGAAUCAUAGGAGGACUACCAGCAUAGAUGAGCGCACACCCAGCUCUGAACAUGCGUAUGUAGCUGACGAAACUGAAUAUGACGAAAAGUCAAUGGUGGAACGGCUCACGUUUACUUUUAAUUCCGAGACAUACCCACGACAGCGAUGCUUCAAGGUGACCCUGCGUCAAUUCAUAGAACUUCUAGAUACAUGCGUCAUUGUAGAUCUGCGCUCUAUAGAUGCCUACAAACUCGGGCAUCUGCCUAACUCGUGUCAUAUAGAGAGACUUUUCGCAUGUAUUGAAAAACGGGAACAGGCGGCCAUAAACAGAUUAGUCACUGAGGUGAUUAACGCAAAUACCACUAAGGCGGCGGAAUUAUAUCCUCAAAAAAUACGGAAAAAGGAGCAGAUGAUGAAAAACUUCGAGACGCUUCUUGGGGGCUGUGCCAAUACUUCGUCACAGGAAAGGCUAAAAGACGCUACUAUCCUACUGGCUGCAGGGGAUGGAGCUGAACUAACGAAAGAAAUGCAAGCAAUCGAACGAUUGAUAUUUGAAUACCACGUGCCACAUCUGUGCUACUACCGCAUCAACGCCGAUGAUUGGCCCAAGUUUUUUACCAUCUCGCAAAUAUAG